AUGGACAUGAUAUUCACAAGCCUUGAUGAUUGUUAUUCAAUGUAUGUUACGUAUGCCAAGGCUUGUGGUUUUUCUGUCAGGAAAGGGACUGAAAAGAUAAACGACAAAGGUGAAAAACAUAUUAAGUAUUACAUGUGUAUGAGAGCUGGGGUUGGAUCAUGGAAGGUUUAUAAGUUUGUUGAGGAGCACAACCAUGAUCUUUUUGAACGUCCUGAUAAGCAUUUUCUUCCAACUGAACGACACAUCACUCAGCUCCAGAAGCAUGUUAUACACAAUAUGUCUACGUUGAAUUUGGGUCCAGUUAAGGUGUUUAAUGUUAUGAAGACUUGUUUUGGCGGUUUUGAAGACAUGGGUGCAAGUAAAUUUGAAUUUAAGAACUACAAGAGAUACGCUAUGGUGUUUGUACCGUUCACUGGUAUAGACAAUCACCACUGCAAUGUUACAUUUGGUGCUGCAUUAUUGGUGUCAGAAACUACUGAUACGUAUAUUUGGUUGUUGAGAGUUUUUCUAAAAGUUGUUGGUUCUUAA